AUGCCCCAGUUCACAGCAGUAAUAAACCCAGCACUGGAUAAGCACUUUCCAGCCCAUUCUGGGGUCCGAGUAAUCGCAGAGCCAGGCCGCUACUAUGUGUCUUCAGCCUACACGUUGGCCGUCAACAUCAUCACAAAGAAAGAGAAGAUUGAGGAGCAGAUGGCCUGUGAUGAUGAAGGUGAUGGGGCCAACAAGAGGACCUUGAUGUACUACGUGAAUGACGGGAUCUAUGGCUCGUUCCACAACAUCCUUUUUGGCGCCAGAUAUAUGCCAAGUCUGCACAAGAAACCCAAGCCGGACGAGCCCAUGUACCCCUGCAGCAUCUGGGGCCAGACCUGUAACUGGACUGCAUUGUGGAGCGGAGAUCUGCUGGAUCCACUGCCUGGAGAUUGGAAAGGAGAGGCGGGGCCUUAA